GAAGAGGAGGAAGGAGGAGGAGCGAUGUGGAGUACGAGCUGUGUGUUUGCAUGUAGCUCGUAACACAUAUUAAUCAGAUGGAUUUUGGUUUGUGUUUUUAGCCAAAGCAACACGCGCAGCCGUGAAUGAGCCGGUCAGAUGUCCGUCUGUGCUGCUCCGCUGGACUCACUGCACUGAUCAGAGCAAUAAAGAGGAGGAGGAGGAGGAUCAGUACUGGCUUAUGAUGAUGUGAAGAGCCACUACACGGACGUUAUUUAUUUGCCCUCCCGAAGUGGCUGGUGAAGGACGUCGCCCCCUCGGGCCCUUCCUCUCUCCCUUCUAUGCAGAAAUGGCGCAGCUGUUGUUUCUUGUAAUUUUCAACAUGCUUCCCACUCUUAUCGCGUCCAUACAUAAUUCAACAACCGGAGGAUGCGCAAUAAUUCGGCCCCCUAGAGAUGGAGGGAUUCGGUACAGAGGACUGACUCAGGAGCAGAUCCGCAGCGUGCAGAUUUUACCUGUAGACUAUGAGAUAGAGUACAUCUGCCGGGGCAGCAGGGUGAUCGUGGGCCCCAAGGUACGCAAGUGUCUCUCCGAUGGCACCUGGACUGAGAUGGACCAUCAGAGCCGAUGCUUGUUGCUGUGUCCACGUGUCUGGACGUCUUUGGAGAAUGGAAGAGUGACAGUGCUGCCCGCUGGACCUCCAGUAGAAGGCACAGUGCUGCAUUACAGCUGUCAUGCUGGAUUCCUGCUGGAGGGCAGAAAUAUCUCCCACUGCACCAAGCUUGGCAACUGGGACUCACCAAAACCACUAUGUGUUUAUGACAGGAAUUAUACAGGAAAGAAGAAGCUGUAUAUUGGUGCUUUAUUCCCGAUGAGUGGUGGCUGGCCCGGUGGACAGGCGUGCCUGCCCGCUGCCCAGAUGGCCCUGGACCUCGUCAACAACCGAAGUGACAUCUUACCGGACUACGAACUGGAGCUCAUAUAUUAUGACAGUAUGUGUGACCCGGGGGAGGCCACUAAGCUGCUGUAUGACCUCCUCUACACAGAGCCAAUCAAGAUUGUACUGAUGCCAGGCUGCAGCUCUGUGUCUACACUGGUGGCUGAAGCAGCUCGCAUGUGGAACCUCAUAGUGUUCUCCUAUGGUUCCAGCUCCCCGGCUCUGUCCAACCGCCAGCGCUUCCCCACUUUCUUCCGCACACACCCCUCAGCCACGCUCCACAACCCCACCCGUGUACGCCUCUUCCAGAAAUGGAAGUGGACCAAGAUUGCCACCAUCCAGCAGACCACAGAAGUCUUCACCUCGACGCUGGAUGAUUUGGAGCAGAGGGUGAAGGAGGCUGGUAUAGAGAUAAGCGUGAGACAGAGUUUCCUCACUGAUCCCGCCGUGGCUGUCAAGAACCUGAAGCGCCAAGACGCGAGGAUCAUUGUAGGCCUUUUCUAUGAGACUGAAGCACGAAAAGUCUUUUGUGAGGUCUACAAGGAAAAACUCUUUGGGAAGAAGUAUGUGUGGUUCCUCAUCGGUUGGUACGCAGACAACUGGUUCAAAAUCAAAGACCCAGCCAUUAAUUGCACUGUGGAGCAGAUGACGGAGGCUGUGGAGGGACACGUUACUACAGAGAUCGUGAUGCUGAACCCUGAGACCGUUCGUGGAGCCUCCAACCUGACUUCCCAGGAGUUCCUGGCCCAGCUCAUGUCCCGUCUUGGGGGGAAAAACCCUGAGGAGACAGGGGGUUUCCAGGAAGCUCCUCUGGCGUACGACGCUGUGUGGGCUCUUGCUUUGGCCCUUAACAAGACUGUCGCACCUCUACAGGCUAAAGGCAGAAGACUAGAGGACUUCAACUACAACAACAAGGACAUCACCGCAGAGAUAUAUCGAGCCCUUAAUACCAGCUCAUUUGAAGGAGUAUCAGGUCACGUAGUCUUUGAUGCCCAGGGUUCCAGGAUGGCUUGGACACUCAUAGAGCAGCUGCAAGGGGGCAGUUACAAGAAGAUUGGAUACUAUGACAGCACAAAAGGCAAUCUUUCCUGGUACGGAAAUGACAAGUGGAUAGGCGCUGGCCCUCCGGCAGAUCAGACGGUGGUCAUUGAGGAGUUUCGCUUUCUUUCCCAGAAACUCUUUGUUUCUGUGUCUGUCUUUGCUGGCCUGGGAAUUCUUCUAGGCAUAGUGUGUCUCACCUUCAACAUCUACAACAGUAACGUUCGGUACAUCCAGAACUCUCAGCCGUACUUGAAUAACAUUACAGCCGUGGGCUGUGUGCUUGCUCUGGCUGCGGUCUUUCCACUGGGCAUUGACGGCCAUCAUGUGCACAGAUCACAGUUUCCUGUGGUGUGUCAGUUUCGCCUGUGGCUGCUAGGGCUGGGUUUCAGCUUGGCCUACGGCAGCAUGUUCACUAAGAUCUGGUGGGUUCACACUGUCUUCACCAAGAAGGAUGAGAAAAAAGAGAAGAGGAAGCACUUGGAGCCAUGGAAACUCUAUGCAACUGUCGGCGUUUUACUGGCUAUUGAUGUUCUGUCUCUGAUGAUCUGGCAGAUUGUUGACCCUUUGCACAUUACUGUCGAGAAGUUCACUAAAGAGGCUCCUAAAGCAGAUCUGGAUGUGUUGAUUCAACCGCUGCUUGAGCACUGCAGCUCCGAGAAGAUGAACACAUGGCUCGGUGUGGUGUAUGGCUACAAGGGACUGCUCCUGCUGCUGGGAAUCUUCCUGGCCUACGAGACCAAGUCCAUCUCCACUGAGAAGAUUAAUGACCACCGUGCCGUAGGAAUGGCCAUCUACAAUGUGGCUGUGCUGUGUAUGAUCACCGCUCCAGUGACUAUGAUUCUGUCUUCUCAGCAGGACGCCUCUUUUGCUUUUGCUUCACUGGCCAUCGUUUUCUCUGUCUAUAUCACCCUGGUGGUGCUCUUUGUGCCUAAGAUGCGGCGUUUGAUCACACGUGGGGAGUGGCAGUCGGAGCAGCAGGACACACUGAAGACAGGAUCAUCUACCAACAACAAUGACGAAGAGAAAUCACGACAGCUUGAGCGCGAGAACAGAGAACUCCAGAAGAUCAUUCAGGAGAAAGAGGAAAGAGUGACAGAGCUGAGAAACCAGUUGGCAGAGCGCCAAGCUCUUCGUUCACGGAGACACACGUCCAGCCAAAAUCAGAACCAGAACCACAGCGCCCCUCCACUACCCUCGUCUCAGGCCGAGCCACCCGGCUACUCGCCGGGGACUGAGCAGCACUCGCUGCCCCCCUCCUUCUCCAACUCCUCCAACCUGUACCAGGGAGAAGGCAAGCUGAGCCGGAAUCACUGCCACAACAGUCGUCUGCCUCUGCUCUAUAAAUGAGCCGAGCAGGACUGGCACUAAACACGCUGUGUGAUGAGGAGGUACGGUUAACUUUGUGUAGUGCAAAAAUUACUGCUUUCUGACUUAAGGCAUGUCAACUCUCUGACUCCACUCUUUAUUAACCUCUGUUCUCACCAUCGUGUUUCUGUCUCAAGUCAUGGCAUAUUAUAUGUCAUCACUGUAUCAAUAUAAUGCUGUGCACUAAAGCACUAAAGUGAAUUAGAAAAUAGAGAAAAGUGUAGUCUUGCAUCAGGGCAAGUUUAUAUUAAAACAACCACCUGGAAUUUGGAGCAAAAAUAUGUUAUCUAAAAUACAGGCCCUUGUACCUUUCUUUGGACCAUUGAUUCUCCCCUGGAUCGCAAAGAGAAAGUGCAUUUUACUAUUUAAUUACUAUCUACUAAUUUAAUUACUGUUUUCCAAAGACACACAAAUGAUAUUGAGCUCUGCAUUGUGCCCUAAGGUUUGAGGAAGUGAGACAGAGGAAGCUAAAUACAAAAUGUCACUCUCGUCUCCCUCCCCAUAAUUGGGGAAUCCCUCAUAAAAGCAUGAUACCUUGAGUAGGGGAGUCCCUGACCAUUUAGAGAAGUUGACAUUUUAAGCAAUAUAACAUGAGAGAUAGCCUGUUGUGAGCGUCCUGUUGCUUUUACAUAAUAUUUUUGCUAAGCAAACUUGAUAGCAAAACAAAGAGGCCCCAGUACAUCAUGAUAUAAGAGAUAGCACCAAUAAUAGAGCUUAGCAGAUGGUGUGGUCAAAACUAACGGUUGCAUAAUUAACCAUAUCCAGUGGAGUCUGCUCUUAUGCAAACUAAAGCCAGCUCCCGUGGAUCUCUUGAUUCUCAUGAUUUUUUGCAAACUUUGUGACACCAUUCCAUUGGUUUCUGACACUUGAUCUAAAUAAGUCUUCCUCCAAGUGUCAUGAUCCCCAUAUGUUCCAUAUAGAGUCUAAUUUUUGGGAUGGAAGAGAGGGGAAUGAGCAAGCUUUGUUUUUUCUUCUAGUGUGUCCAGUCCUGCCAGUGCUCCAGGGACUUGCUUCUUAUUCCUUUAACCAUCAUCAAAUAUGUCAAUAUUUAGUUUGGAUUGUAAUGGAAAAAUAAAAUUUUCUUUCUUUCUUUCUUACUUUCUUUCUUUCUUUCUUUUAGCACUGUAAUGUACAAAAUUGACUGUAUUUAUUGUAUUUUCUUUUUUACUUAACUCUUCUAUAUUUGGGAAAGCCAUGUUUUUACUCCAGUAUAUUUUCUUUAAUGCAUGCAGUUAAGUGCAUUAUUUAGUGUCCAAAUUUUACUUCUUUAGUUUAGCACUAGAGCUACGAGGCCAAUGUUGCUAUCAAACACUAGAAGUUGACCAGAAGGUUUUCAUUAAUGCCAUACAGACUAGUCGAUGUGGUUUAGGACAGUUUCAUUUGUAACUGUAAACUAUAAAAAUAAAUACAAUUUUGGGAGAAGUUUUGGGGAAGCAUUUACAGAAAAGAUCUGGCUGUCUAUUGCCUUCUAGUGAUUGAUAGCAAUCUUAGCCUCAUAGCUCAAGUGCAAACCGCAUUUAGCUACAUGGUAAAGUUUUUAAUUCAUUUUUAUAGUUGACAGUAAGUCAUACUGUCCCAAUCCACACUGACAAGUCUGCAUGACCUUAUUGAAAACCCGGAUGCGGUUUGUAGUUGAGAGAGGUUGUGGGGAUAUAUUUACGGAAAAUUUGGGUGACUAUUGGCGUCUAGUGUUUGUUAGCAAAGUUAGCCUCCAGCACAACACUAAAGAAGCAAAAUUUCAGCAAAAAACAUAUUCUGGCUAAUUCUUUAAUGUAAAAACCUUGAAUGUCUUAAGGGAUAUUUAGUUUACAUUAAUAUUCAAGGUUAUCAUGAGAUUGCAGGUCAUGCUAUGUAAAAUAAAUCAUUAUGGACUAUGUAGACAAUUUUACUAAAAUGAUCUGAAAUUAGUCACUUUAGUCAGCUUGCCUCUUUAAGAAUAUCAGUAGUUCAAAAGAAAUAAUCAGUUACACUACUGGCUUAGCAACUCUGUGUUUUUAUUUAUUUAUUUAUUUAUUUUUUGUCAGUGGCCACUGUAUAACACUUGGGAUCACUAAAGGCCACGUCUAUAUUACAGAGUCUUGUUUCAUCAGUACAAAAGAAUUUUCACUUAAUAGGCACAAAAAUAUAAAGCACAGUGUACUGAUGGUGAAAUUGUUUUACAUCCUUUUGUGAAAUUUUUAAGUCAUAAAAAGCCUGUCAUAGUCUGUUUCCAGAUCUAGCAUAACAAAUUUGAAGCCUUACCCAAACUCUUAAUUGUGCACCUUUUUGGGUAGAUACAGUAUGUCUGUUUCAUUGAAAGAAAUGAAUAACUUAUUAAUAUUUCAGAUUAUCAGUUUGACACUAAAUUUUCUAUUCCAAGACAAUCAUUAUUAAUGCUCACAAUGUUUCAGUAAAUGUGCUUUUUUCUAUGAUCAGACAAUAAGACAUAAUGGACGUGUGUUUUCACAAUGUCACAGUAAUUCCAAGUUCUAUAAAUUGCUACAUUACACCAUUUGUUGUUUACAAGCCCAUUAAAAAAAGCAACAAGCAAGUUUCUUUUGCUUUCAUAUGUCAGUUCAGUUGCUUAGCAUACAUAUUUAAACAGAGCACUACAAAUCAUAUGUUCCUACAGCAUGUAAGCAUUAUAUCCAGUAUAUUAGCUCAGGGUAUGUAAUUAUAAUAUCACUUUAUAAUAAAUAAACUUUUAUUUAUCAGCUGUGUGCACUGUACUACAAUUUAGAUAGUCUGAAAGUCAUUCCAUCUUUAAUCAAUAAUCAAAUUCCUAUGUAAGUUUUGGAAAUGUAUUUGUAAUUAAUAUAUGUACUGUAAAUAUAAUACGAAAAUAAUCUUUAUGCAAACUCUAUGGAUGUCAUGGUUCAAUAAAGCUCAUUAUUUUGCACUAACCUUAAAA